AUGGAAAACUCUUCUUCGCUGCCCACCGCCGGCCCCUGCCCGUGGCCAUCUAUGACGCCAGAGGAGUGGGAACAGCUUUAUCGCGAGCUAGCAAUGCCCCUUGAAGAAGCCCUUAAAAUGAUCGCAAAUAUGGGCAGACAGUCCAACGAAGGGCUUUUGGUCGAGAAUGAUCGGGCAGAUCUAUCAAUUUCCGAAGAGCAGAUCAUGGUCCAAGCUGAGAAUAGCCACGACACUGACGACAACAACAACGACAACCCAGGCGGCAAGAAGUUCUCGUGCGAUGAGCCGAAGUGCCUUUAUUCGACCGACUUCCGGUUUAACUUGGGGAGGCACAAAACGAUCCACUUGCCGAAAGAGGCCAAAGAAAAACUCAAAGUCCCUUGCACCUGGGAAGAUUGCGGGCUCACAUUUUACCAGCAAUCUGAUAUGGAAGGUCACAUCGAAAACGUUCACAGGAAGCUGGAGCCAGAGGGCCCCAUCCGUCGCCAAGCUUCCACUCCCGAUUCUAGCAACAACAAUUCACGAAUCGAAUGCCAAGUGGAAACUUGCCCCAAGACCUACCAGUCACAUGGCCAUUAUCUACGCCACCUACGAGAAAAGCACAACAUUACUGUGUAA